GAUAAAUUUCAAACUCUAUUAUAACUCUAUAACGAGCAAACAAAAAUUGGUUAUUGAAUCAAAAGACAUAGAAACCUGAGGCAGACUUCCUCCAAAAGAAAAAAAAGAAAAAAAUGAGCUUGGCUCUUAUUCAGGACUAUUCUUCUGCUGAAGAAGUAGAAGAAGAAGAAGAAGAUUACCAACAACAAUCCAACUACCAAAACUCUUCAGACGAACAAGACGACGCCGUUCCCGUUCCCAAUUCUUCGAAUCAUUACAAUCCCAUCUUCGACCUACCCAAACCCUCCGAUGCCUCCGGCCUUCCCUCUGCCUUCGACGUUUUCUCUCAAAUUUCUGGACCUCCGCAGUUUCUCAACAAUUCUGUGGAAGAGAAGGCUUCCUCAAAAGAUGUUGAUUAUGAGCAAAGUAGGCGGAGGGGUCGCAGAAAGCAAGAUUUGCCGGCUGGUGUUGUAAUGGAGGCCAAGGCUCAACUUGUUGGAAUCCAUGAGAGAGUAAGGAGUGAUAUCGAGGGUAACCACGCUCCAUCAUCAUUUGCAAGCACAACUCAAGGAGUCAAGCGUGUGGCAACUGCAACCAAUCCUAAUGCAGAAGAUGCUGCAGAGCUUCUGAGGAUGUGUUUGCAAUGUGGAAUACCGAAAACCUACUCGAAUGCUCGUGGAAUGGUGUGUCCUGUAUGUGGUGAUCGUCCAUCUGUAGACACAAGCAAUGAGCCAAAGAAGAAGGGGUCUGUCGUAAAAGAUAAGGAGAAGAGUAAAAGGAUGAAGGGCCAGUCAUCUCAUGCCACUUGGAAAAGCGAAACAGAGAUGCAACUCCGUCAGCAGUUUGAUUAGCACAACUCAAUGUAAGGUUUUUCGUUGACUAAUAUAUUGGAUAUGCCAUAGUUUUUAGGAUUUACGAACAAACGAUUCUAGAAUUAACGUACUUCAGACAUGGUUAAGUGUUUUGUACAUGUUUGACUUUUAUUCUGAGAAACGGUUUGCUGUUUA